UCGAGUCCUUGCGGAGGUUUGAUCCGAUCAAAGAAGCUAAAGGUCACGCAGUUCUCUUUACCCCUCUCCUCUGUCCAUUCGCGGAAGUAUGAUAUACAUUUGGCCAGAGACUAGUUGACACAAAUUACAUUUGUGCUGUAUUGUUUUGCCGAAUUGCUCUCUGUGGGGAAACGUCGAGGAGUUGAGAGUCAGCUGUCGUGUUGGGGAAACGGCGCUCUGGCAACGGUACACACUUGGCACAUCAACACGUCGCUCCUAAAGCCGUGGGCAGCUCUACUCUGGUGGGUCUUCGGUUUGCAGACGACAUCUGUGGGGACAGACAAUGGCAGUGCAUCACUGAGACAAGACUCGUAUUGCAUCCAGAUUCCUCCUGCACAUCUUCCCGCCCUUGCCUGACUAGGAGUUUUGUUUUUUAUUUUUUUAUUUUAUUUCCGUUUUGUGUUUGGUUUGUCCGCCAUGGGCUCCCGUAGCCAGGGGUUCCUGCACCACCACCACCACCACCACCAUAACCACCACCAGCACCAGCGCACCUCCAUGGUCCCGGCCACCAUCCCGCGCCUCCUGCCCGACUCCACGAGCAGCAUUCUGGGCGGCAUCGCCCAGAUCACCCCCUCGCUCUUCCUCAGCCGGGGCAACGUGGCCUCCAACCGCAGCCUGCUUCUCUCCAAGGGCAUCACCUGCGUGGUCAACGCCACCAUUGAGCUGCCCAACUUCAACUGGCCCCACGUGGAGUACGUGAAGGUGCCGCUGGCCGACGCGCCGCACUCGCCCAUCGCCCUCUACUUUGACAGCAUCGCCGACAAGAUCCACAGCGUCGGGCGCAAGCGCGGCGCCGUGCUGGUGCACUGCGCGGCCGGCGUGAGCCGCUCGGCCUCGCUGUGCCUGGCCUACCUCAUGAAGUACCACCGCGUCUCGCUGGCCGAGGCCCACGCUUGGGUGAAGGCGCGGCGGCCCGUCAUCCGGCCCAACGGCGGCUUCUGGCGGCAGCUGAUCGAGUACGAGCGCAAGUUGUUUGGCCGCAGCUCCGUCAAGAUGGUGCAGACGCCCUACGGGGUGGUGCCCGACGUGUAUGAGAGGGACCGCAGGAACCUGGUGCCCUACUGGAGCAUGUAGACGGGAGGCAGGGGACAGGGGACAGGGGACAAGGACAAGGGGGCUGACGAGAGAGUGGCGAGUGUUGAGUUUGGGGUGAGGUGACGUGAAGACGAAGGGUUAACACCUGAGUUUGGAUGAGCAAGAGCUCCAAGGGCUAGCACCUAUUGGACAGAGUGCUGGUGGUGGAAGGCUAGCGUUCGGUGGGCAGCCGUGGCCUAGUGGUUAGGGAGUUGGACUUUCAAUCUGGGGAUUGUAGCUUCAAAUCCCACCUCAACUCUCCCGACACCUCCAUCCAUGGCUGAAGUGCCCUUGAGCUAGGCACCUAACCCCACAUUGCUCCAGGGACUGUAACCAAUACCCUGAAAAAUAAUAAGUAUGUAAGUUGCUUUGGAUAAAAGCGUCAGCUAAGUGUGAUGUAAUGUUAGAGGGGUUGGUGGUGGGAGGGGGAGAUGAUGGCACCCAUCUUGAGAUGAGGAACACAUUGAAUGGAUGGAUGAACAAAUGGAUGAAUGAACAAACGGAUGGAUGGAUGGACUGAUGCUGGCUUGGCAUUGGGAUGAUGGAGGAAUUACGUGUUGAAACAUACAAUGGCAAGUGGCUGUUCUUCAAGUUCGCCGUCUUCCCGGAGGGAGAUGGAUGGAGGUCUUUCUCCUGCUAGAUUCUAGACUGUCUGACUUCCCUGCUGCUCUAUCCAACAGCCUUCGCCGGUCCCCAAUCCACCCCCAGUGAGGAGUAAGUGGUAGUCAUGGCGAAUGUACGCUAUACACUGCCACACAACUGAUUCGUUGUUUUCGUCCGUCCGUCUGUCCGGAUGAAAAGUCUACCUAACACGUCUGACAAAAGCACUUUGAGGUCUCUGAAGGGGCAGAGAGGGUGCUGCCAAGGUUUUUCAUUGGCUGGUGUGGCUGCUCCAUGUGCUGCUGUGCUUACUAGUGGUCCAAUCCAGAUGCUGACA